ACAAUGCCCUAGAUACGGUCGAUUAACUACGCUGAUUGAGCUACCUCUGCUGAUGUUUCGCCAAUUGCUUUCCUAUUUGGAAGUUGAUAGUUAAUGAAAUGUGCUGUAAUUGGUUUUUGGUAGCCUAACUCAGAAUGCGGAGAUCUACGAAACUAGCAAUUCUAAUAAUUGUGACAAUCGCUUUAGAAAAUGCAUUUAUGGCUGGGAAAUGUGGUUGCUGUAUAUAGACAUGUUAUGAACCAGUGUCAAAAUUUCUCUUAGGAUCAGCACUUGGUUCUUCAAUUAUGCUGAACCUUCCGUUUCGUCAAUACCAGGUCUAUUUUAUCUGCACACAGAGCCAAUUGUUUGACAAAGGACAGGUGUGGAGAUGCUUGUCUUCAAAGAUGGCAUUCUUGGACCUUAAAGAUCUGUUUGUUUGCUCAGUGCUCAUCUAUUAUUUUCGUGUGUUUGAAAAGAGAUUUGGAUCAAAGAAUUUUGCGGGUCAUCUGCUAGGGUCAGCUCUCCUGUCCACCCUGCUGGAGGUACUGGUCAUGUGUGGAUGUCGUCACUUGGACAUACGUCUUGAUCCCUUACCUUCAGGACCGUUGUGUUUUAUCUACCCGCUGUUUGUGCCGUUCUACUGUGACAUACCGCGUGUGCCCCUGUCCCAUCUCUGGGGCAUACCGAUGACCGGCAAGUCCAUCUGCUACAUACUUGGUCUACAGGCAGCCAGCACGUCACCAGAAUCCAUUAUUGUUGCGCUAUGUGGAUUGACAGGAGGCCUGUUAUGGCGGUUGAAUUUCUUAAAAAUUCAAAGUCUCGUUCGAGUCCCUAAGUUUAUUGCGACAUUCUGUAGUGCAACCAUUGGGAGAUUGUUUGGUGUGGAGCGAGGAAUUGUACAGGAUACGUCCCAUAUUGGGGCAACUAGAGAGUUCCAGAGACAGGAAGCGAUGGAGAGACUAGAGCAGCAGAUGUUGUGGAGGAGUCUGCAGCAGAACAACGUGCGGCCACAAGUGCAGAACCUAGUCAAUGGUCCAGGCAUAUUUGGAAUGGGUAACAACAACAUGGCUGACGGGUUGAGAAAUAGGUUUCAUGAGCCAGUGGUUGAGGAGCCGGUGGAGGUCUCAGAGGAGCAGGUCCAGCAGCUUGUAGAGAUGGGCUUCCACCAGGAGCAGGUGCGCAACGCCCUUCAGCAGGCCAACAAUGACAUCACCACGGCAACCAGCAUACUGCUGCACCACACAUAGCAACCAGCAUACCUAGCAACCAACAAGCAUAGCAACCAAAUUACAUUACAACCAUUUUACCUAGCAACCAGAACACUGCAGCAGGCCAACAAUCACAUCACCACUGCAAUCAGCAUUAUGCUUCACCACACAAAGCAACUAGCAACGGGUGCAAUAAGCAACCAGGAUCCUGCUACUCAACAAAUAGCAAUUAGUACACCAAGAAACAAGUAGACCUUUCAACCAAAGCUGCAAUAGGCCAAAUUGACAUCACUAUCGAAACCUAAAUACUGAUGCAGAACACAUAGCAACCGGCAUAUAAACAACAAGCAACCUGAUUUUGAAACCACCAGCAAACCGCUACAGGCAUAAAGGCUAACAUCAUGGCAACCAGCAUACUGCUGCACCAAACAUAGCAAUCAGCUUGCUUAGCAAACAACAUACCUAGUCAUCAGCAUGUUGCUUUCCCAAGCAUAGCAACAGAAAAACCUAGCAACCAGCAUACUUAUCAACCACCCAAUUUCUAUUCUUCAGAAACAACCAGCCUCCCUUUAAAUCAUUGAACUGCUGCUCAACACAUAUCAACCAGUAAACUUAGCAACCACCAUGGUGCAACUCCUCACACAGCAACCAAUAUACGUAGCAACCAGUGUACUUCUAUGCCACACAACAACAAGCAUACCUAGUAACCAAUAAUUCUAAGCCACACGCAGCAACCAGAAUACAUAAAUACAAGCCAAUUACUACUCCAGGCAUAGCAAUCGGCAUACCUAGAAACCCAUGCACUGCUGCACCACAAAUAGCAACAUGCAUACUUAGCAACCAUAAUACUUUUACUUGUUACAUAUCAGCAAGUGUACCUUCCAACCUUCAUGCUGCUACUCUACACAUAGCAACCAGCAAACCUAGCAACCAGCAUACUGCUGCUUCUCUACAUAUACAGUAGCAACCAGCAUACCUAGCAACCAGCAUACUGCUGCUUCUCUACAUAUAGCAACCAGCAUACAUAGCAACCAGCAUGCCUAGCAACCAGCAUACUGCUGCUCUACACAUAGCAACCAGCAUACUUUGCAAUGAGUGUCCUACUCCAAAUAAAAAAGUGGAAUACUGCAUCAGAGUACUUCUGUAUGAAACAUAGCAACACAUAGAAACCAGUUUCGUCCUCCACUUCACAUCACAACCAUAGUAUUUUCAUAUCAAAUAUCGAAAGUGCUUGAGGCAAAGUCUGGUUGUUUCUGUGAAACAACAAUAAACAAGUUACAACGUGGAAAAGAUUUGUUUGUGAAAAAUGUGACAGGUAUCAACACUUGGUCAGGCCCCCCAUGACCCAAUUUAUACCUUUUUACUGAUGAGCACAAAUUGUGUUAGAUGUGUGGUGUAGUUUUUGAAUAGUUAAACACAACGAGGCCUUGAUGAUGCUUGGUUUUCAUGGAAACUAUUAUGUUAAGUUGGCAAUACUGGGCAAGCACAUUGUGAAAACUACUCACAAUAUACAAGUGCAAAUUACCAUGUUAUAUUUUCAGUGACUGAUUUGUUAAAUUUGCUAGAGGGAUUAUUAAACUCGUGUUUUUGGUGAGUGCAAGUAACAUUAGGCAAACACUGAUGAUUUCUACCAGAUAUUCCCUAAAAUGCAGUUGGAUAAACCCUUUCCCUCUCAGAAGCAAAGUGAAAAUGGUUAUGUGCAAACAGCAUAAAACCAGAACAGCCUGUGAGUAACUCGCAGUCUGUUCAGUUUUUUAUGCUGUUUGCUGUUCAUCAGUAUCUUACGGUUAAAAAUGAAUCCUUUAAAUUUUGAAAUCAGUAAUAAAGGUAUUUUUUUAAGUUUAACUUUCUAUAGGACUACAAAUGUGUCAAAAAACAUGUCUUAGUGGUAAAGGCUUCAUCUGCAAACCUUAGAUACUGAUGAGCAGCAAACAGCAAAAAACCUUCACAGACUGCGAGUUACUCGUUAUUUUCACCUUGCGGGAAAAGGGUUAAAGCAAAAUAAUUACAUACAUUACAUACAUACUUAAAUCUUGUUAUAAUAUGUUCUUUGCACCGAAUUAUGUUCUAUGUUAUUUGUUCCUUUUUAGCUUGACUAUUAUAUAUAAAAUAUAUAUAGUGGAGCUAUCCUACUCACCCCGGCAUUAAUGUCUGCGUUAGCGUCUGCAUUAGCGUUAGCGCUAGCGUGCAAAUGUUAAAGUUUUCGUACUACCCCAAAUUUUUCUUUGUCCCUAGACAUAUUGCUUUCAUAUUUUGCAUACUUGUUUACCAACAUGAUCCCAACCUAUAAACAAGAGCAGACAACUCUAUCAAGCAUUUUGUCAUAAUUAUGGCCCCUUUUCCACUUAGAAUAUGCAGCAAAUGUUUAAGUUUGCGUACUACCCCAACUAUUUUCAAUGUCCCUUAACAUAUUGCUUUCAUAUUUUGCAUACUUGUUUACCAUCUUGACCCCAACCUACAAACAAGAGCAGACAACUGUAUCAAGCAUUUUGACAGAAUUAUGGCCCCUUUUAUACUUAGAAUAUGCAUAUUAUUGAUAAAUCUAUGUUGAAGUUUGCGUACUACCCCAAAUAUUUCCUGUGUCCCUUGACAUAUUGCUUUCAUAUUUUGCAUACUUGUUUACCAUCAUGACACCAACCUAUAAACAAGAGCAGACAACUGUAUCAAGCAUUUUGACAGAAUUAUUGCCCCUUUAAUACCCCCCCCCCCCCCCCCCCCCCCCCCCCCGAAUAGUCAAGCGCGCUGUCCUCUGACAGCUCUUGUUGGUAUAGAACUCAAGUCAUGCAUAUGAAGCUGACACUUGUUAUGCAUGCAUACUCAAAUAAAUAAUCAUUUAUGAUGUUUACUCACAAAUAUGAUUUUCAUAAUUGUAAGACCUUUUAAAUUAUACUAGAUCUUUGUUAUUGUACUUUUUGUUAACGAAACCAUGUUUAAAAACAUAGAAUAAUAAUUAUCCAAGUUUAAAACAUUCAAAAUGUAAUAAUUUUAAUUUGUUGUUAUCAUGUAAUUUUGUCUUAAUUGUACACACUUUUCACAUAAUGAUAAAGCAUAUGCAUGUUUUUUUACCUUUUUAGUAUCCCCCGCCAUAGGCGGAGGGAUAUUUUUUUGGCGUUGUCCGUCCUUCUGUCUUUCCAUCCGUCCGGCCGGCACUUUUGUGUCCGGAGCCAUAUCUUUGAAGCGCUUCGGUGGAUUUCGUUGAAACUUGGUAUGAGUAUAUAUAUGGAUAAGGCGCUGAUGCAUGCCAAAUGGCAUUGUACACCAUCUGUUAAUAACUGAGUUAUGGCCCUUUGUAUCUUAAAAAAUGAUGCUUUUUUAGCUGAGUUUCAAAUAUAACACUUUUGUGUCAAGAAGCAUAUUGGCAGGGGAUAUCAAUUCAACAAAUUUGCUUGUUUAUAUGUAUAUGUAUAAUGUGUUUAUGUGUUUUUGAAGAAAAGUUAAGACUAUUCUGUUACUUUUGUCAAGUUAAUUACUCAUGAACUACAAAUGAACACUUUCCAUUUUAACCUAAAUGGUAUUAUGUGUUUGGUCACAAAAAAUAAAAAAAACCUCUAUAUAUGAUUUUCUUGAAGAUUUGUAUCUCGUAUUUUAUGACUGGUUUUGCUUUUGUUGAAAUUCAACAUGUUAUGUUCUGUUGGGAUGUAUAUAGCACUUUGCCCAUCCAUCAGAUUAUUCAAAUUUAACCCCAAAUAACAUUCUUUGUAUAACAUCGAUAAUGCUUUAUACAAAGCUUUGAUGCUUGCACUUGCUUGAUGAUGUCUUUGAACACUAUCAACACCUGCAUGACCCAUGCAUCAUUUUGACCUUGAGAUUUACUUACUUUUGGACCCAUCGUAGAAAGUACACGUCUUUGAUUAACCCCAAUACAGUGAUUUUUCUGCAUACAAAGCUGUGAUACUUGCAUGGUUGCUGCCAUUGAACACUGUCAGCACACCCACAUCACUUGACCUCAUGUUAAAUAUGAUAUUAACCUACUUUUGGACUUACGUACAGAGGCGUUGAUACUUGCAUGGAUGGUUCCUUUUAACACUAUCAGCACAUCCACGUUACUUGACCUCCUCAUUUUGGCCUUUACAUUGAUUUGCUUUUGGACUUUUCAUACAAAGCUUUUACACUGGCAUGGAUGGCAUAUUUGAGCUCUAUCAGCUUACUCAUAUCCACUGACCUCAUUUUGACCUUGACCUACUUCGGGAAAAAGACCCAGAAUAAAGUGUUUCAUCUAACAUCAAUACUGCAUGCUGAAAAGCUUUGAUACUUUUUCAGAGUAACCACAUUGACCAGCUGCUGAACAUCAAUGCUACAUGCCAAAAAGCUUUGAUACUUCAAUAAAAAAUUCAGCCGACUAACAUCACUUGACCUUCUAUGGAUCUUGACUGUGACCUAAUUCUUAUACUUUUCCAAAUGGGCUUAUGAAUCAAAGCUGACAAGACGUCAAAUGGGUCACCAGCGUUUAUUGAACACAGCAACUUGUUUUAACAUUAAACACACGUUUUUAUGCACCAGAUGAAAAUUGCUGUAACAACUGUAGUUAUUUAUGAGAGUUUUUACUUGAAGAAAUGUUAGGUAUGAGUACUUUUGGUAAAGUACCUACAUGUGUUCAUACACAACUGAUGAAAUCAAAACGAAUUAAUACAGUGUUUUACUGUGA